AUGAUAUUACUCCAAGUCAUAUGCACGAUUUGGACAUGUCUCUUUAUUCCGUUACUCAAUGCAGAGGAAUUCGUCCCCAAAGUAACGGAGACUCUUUCAGAAUAUUCAUUUAGUCUAGAGAGCUUUGACGAUUCCAACAGUUUAAUCAGAUUAGAUAAUCAAGUCGUGUGGAUAAGUUCCGAUUCUGGAGAAAAUUGGGAAGCGGUCAAAGAAAUUGAAGGGCAUAUUCUCGAAUUAAUUGUUGAUCCUUUGCAUGGACAGGACAGGGCUUUUGUUUCGAUACAUUUAUCACCCAAAUUUUACGUCACCGAUGAUCGUGGAAAAUCAUGGAGGGCUCUGACUAUACCCGUCUCUGAAAACUGUCGUUUGGGUACUUCUUGCUCUAUAGCUACCCAUCCGACAGAUAAAAAGUACCUUAUUGCAGAUUGCCCUUGCUUUAUAAACGACAAUGGUUAUAUCCAAAUACAAAAUGAAACUUACUUUACCAACGAUGGGGAAUCCUUUUACAAUAUCGAACCUUCCUUGAAAAAGAAAGAAGAUGACCAUAUAACAAGUUCAAGCUGCAACUUUGUCAAAUCUAGCAAGGAUUCUGAUAUUGAGGGUAACGACGCUUCGAUACUAUGUUUGUUCUCGAACCAUGGUUACGAUAGCGAUCGUCACUUAAGUGCCGCAUAUACACAAUUAGCCUUAAGUACUGAUGGAGGUAAAACUUUCAAAAAAUUUGAUGAGUUUAAUGAUAAAAUUAUUUAUCAAUACAAGAUAUUAAAAUCACAUAUAAUCGUUUCGACACAAGAUGAUAGAUACAAUGAAAUGUCACCCAUGGACAUCUGGAUAUCCAAUGAUGCGUCUACUUUUCAAAAGGCACGUCUACCUGCUCAAGUACGGCACGUCCAUAUGUAUGGAAUUUAUGAAGAUUCUAUUGGAAGAAUAAUCAUUCCUAUAUCUACGAUAUUCACAGAUGAAAAAAACGACCAACCAGCUCCCUCAGAAAUUUUAAUAUCAGAUUCUCAAGGGUUGAAAUUUUUACCUGUUGAAUGGACAAUAAAUCCUCACUUUGGUUAUAUUGAUAUUGCUUCUCCUCAUUUCUUAGAAGGAACAAUAAUUGGCUCGUUUCAUCCUUCCUUUGACUACUCUCAUAACAAAGGAAAAUAUAAUAAAAAGAUAGCCAGAUAUGAAACUAAAAUAUCUGUUGAUAACGGCCUCACAUGGUCAAAUUUGAAAGUGGUUGACGAGGAAAAUGCAGAUUCAUUCCCUUGUGAUAUCACUAGGCCUGAAAGAUGUUCGCUCCAGAACCCUUUUUAUAGUAUCUAA